GAGCCUAAAACAGUGUGGCUCUGAGGAGGCGGAGGAGUUGCUGUCGGACCGCCCAUCCACCGGCCGUUGAUUCCCGCAGUCGAACAUGGCGGUUGCACACCAGGCAAAGGGGAAGCGGUUCCUCCUGCAGUAUCUGCGGAAAGCUUCGCCUUCGUUGUUUGUCUCGGCGCCUUGUCGGCAUCGUCAUUACAAGAAGAAAUGGGCAGCCACUGCUCCUCGGGCAAAUAAUACCAGAGUGGCUCUCCAGGUCUUCGACAUGAACUAUGGAGACCAGUUUGGCAGCCUCUGGCCUUCAAUUCGCAUCAGUCUCCUGUCAAUGCAAAAAUAUGGGGCCCUAGUCAACAAUUUCUCUGAUGUAGAACAGGUCAUUCAGAGUCUGGAAAACCUCAAUGCAGUAGAUUUCAUCCAAGAAUCUCAGGAAGUAAUUGAGGAAUUAGAUUCCUCCAUUGAAGAUGACAGUGUGCCAACUUCAUCUCCCCAAAUCCAGACAGAACUUUCAAAGACUCAGGCACAAUAUUUUCCUUCUGUCAGUCCUAACAUCAAAUGUUAUACUUUCCCCAAAGGAGACAUCAGUCGUUUUCGUCAAGCCAGACCAGACAUCGUAGGAAUUCUUGGUUACUAUCUCCUGGAUGCUGCCUCGAUUUUACCUGUUUUGGCUCUCAAUGUACAGCCUGGAAGCAUGGUCCUUGAUCUUUGUGCAGCCCCAGGUGGGAAGAUGCUGGCACUUUUACAGACUGGGUGUUGUCGUGUGCUGACAGCCAAUGAUCUCUCUGGUUCUCGCACUGUCCGGCUACGUAACGUCCUCCGCAGCUAUCUCCCCAAAGAGAUCCAAAAUGUAGUGCGGGUUACCUCGUUGGAUGGAAGAAAUUGGUCCCAGACAGAAACAGGCACUUAUGAUAAGGUACUUGUUGACGUGCCAUGCACAAAUGAUCGAAAGUCAGUCUUGGAAGAAGAUAACAAUAUCUUCACAUACGGAAGAAAAGGAGAACGUCAGAUGUUGCCAAUGCUCCAGCUGCAACUGCUCAUAGCUGGAGUCCUUGCUGCUAAGCCAGGAGGAGAGGUGGUAUAUUCCACAUGCUCUCUGUCUGAGCUCCAAAAUGAGUAUGUGGUUGAGAGAGCUGUGGAGUUACUAAACAUCCAGUACAGCAUCAAUGUGACAGUAGAAGACUUGAGGCAUUUUCGGAGACUGUUCCAGAACACAUUUUCUUUCUAUUCAAAUUGUAGACUUGGAGAACUUAUCCUGCCCCACCUCACAGCUAACUUUGGACCCAUGUAUUUUUGCAAAUUGCACAGAGUGAAUUAGAUUGAGGAAAGAACAGUAUAUUAUUAAAUAUCUCUUCAAAAGAUGAAAUGGAAUUUACAAAAAGCCACAGACAUUUUAUUUUGUAGGUUACAUGCCUGGGCCCUUUACAUGUCAUUCAAUGCUUCUUGUUUUUUUUUUUUUUUCAAGGAA